UCAUGGGGUCCCCGGGCAAUAGGGGAUCAUGGGGCCCCUGUGUCCUUGCCCAAACUCAAAAAAGCCUAUGAAAAAAGGUACCAGGGGCAUCUCAUGGGGCCCCCUACUGACCCCGGGCCCUCGGGCAGUGCCCGAGUUUCCAAAUGGUCAGUCCGCCCCUGCUCCCAACUUAAGAACCGAGACAACCUGGGACAACCUGUAAUGUAAGCUGGCAUGCAGUACACUGUGCACACAUAUGCUAAGGUCCCUUCAUCACAUGCACACUACUACCGGCUGAGCCAUACAUUAAAAAGAAAAACAAAACCUAUUGAAAAGUCAUCUUGUUGAAAACAAUGACCGACAGU